AGGGGGCAGGCUCUGACGUCACGUCAGCUCGCCGACCUGCCGGACGCGCACAUCCUCGCGCAUCAAGACGCACGCGGCUCUCAAGCAGAGGGAGCCCCGCGCGCUACUAACGAUGAGGUUUACCGACCCGCACGCGCUCCGUUUGGAAUGAGAGGGAGGAGAACGGCUGGCGAUGAACGCAGGGAGUGAGCGCGCGCCGCGACGUUGCCGCACUUUCCCAAAUUGAGAGAGGGAGAGGGAGGGAGAGAGAGUUGAAGCGCGGCAGAGAGGGGCUGCAGAACACACAGGGUCUGGGUGAAUGUAUAACCAUGGCAACAGCAGCAGCAGCAGCAUCAGAAGCACGAGAAGCGGGGAUAUAAACAUUGCAUCCAUCCGUCCGCCCGCCCGCAAACACACCGAUUUUUACUCCGUUUAAGGAUCGGAGCUGGAGCCGAACCCUCUGCGGACAUCACAGCACAUCGCUGCUAAGGUGAUGAGUGGGGCUGUAUCAUGUCUGAAGUACAGGGAACGCUGGAGUUUUCUGUAGAACUGCACAAGUUUCACAAUGUGGAUCUGUUUCAGAGGGGCUUCUACCAGAUACGAGCAGCACUGAAAGUCUCGCCUCGAGUGCCCCACAGGUUGACCGUGACAACAAAUGACAAUGCAGGAGAGUGCAGCUUCAGCUCCAUGGGGGUGUACGACGGCAGCGUCUUCAGCCGAAUAUUUCAGAUCCUCUACAGAAACGAGGAGAUUGCUGUCAACGACUGCAUGAUCUUCAAAGUCCACCUACUACUGGAUGGAGAAAGGUUGGAGGAAGCCUUGAGUGAAGUGGACUUCCAGUUGAAGUUGGAUCUUCACUUCACCGACAAUGAGCAACAGUUGGCAGAGAUAGUGACAGUCCCGUUGAUCAGCAGUCGGACCCUGAGGCUCCACUUCCAUCCACGGCGAGGCCUUCACCAUCACGUCCCCGUCAUGUUUGACUACUUCCACCUGUCUGUCAUUUCUGUCUCCGUGCACGCCUCACUGGUUGCCUUACACCAACCGCUAAUCAGCUUUGCGCGCACGGGGAAGGGCUCCUGGCUGGGGAAAGGCUCGCCUGAGAGCGUGGGCGACCCGUCUGCUGUGUCUGUGGAGAACCUGGUGUUCGGAGCUGGCUACUGCAAGCCAGUCAUCUCUGAGGGAAGCUUUUAUGUGCCCAGUGAAAACUGCCUGCAGAGAGCUCAUACGUGGCACCGCAGGCUCUGUCGCCUCCUGCUGGCCGCGCACAGAGGGCUGUACGCCUACUGCAGCUCGCUGAGGCAGGAGAUCCCGCAGCUGCAGCUGGUUCCACUGGAGUCAGAGUUGCUGCCUGUAGAGGAAAUUCUAAACCAGCUCUCCAUAGAGUUACAGCUGCAGGAAGGCCAUGAGAAGGUAGCUGAGCAGAUCAGCAGGGACGUGAGCCAGCUCUGCUCCCAGCUGGCUGCGCUGUGGAGCCGUUUCCUGGAAACAGCUGUGCUCAACCCCUACAUCCUGUCCUAUCUGGCCCAGGAACAUCACACACUUAGGGUGAGAAGGUUCUCAGAGGCAUAUUUCUUCACCGAACACCCAAAAGAGAUCUGUUUGACGUUUCAGGAAGAGCUAAUCAACAGACAUGGCCAGAUAGCUGCAGAAGUGCGGAGCUCUGACUACUUGACCAAAAUGCCUCCUUUGCCCGUCGAGUGCCUGGACAUCGAUGGAGACUGGAACAGUCUGCCCAUCAUCUUUGAGGACAGAUAUGCAGAGUCUCUGCUGACAGAAACGGUAUCGCAUGUGCCAAUACUUGAAACCACCAAAGAAUUCUCCGCCAAACAGAUUCUUCAUAGCAGCCUGGAAGCCAAAUCACCAGCAUUAUCCCGGCAUUCCUUGGAUAGUGAAGAAUGCAUGGACACUCCCGUGCAUGUCCCAGUCAAAGCGGAUCAAAGGCAAAAUGAUGUAACAGAUACCCAGAGCAUCAUCCAGACUGAAAACGAUUCAGAAGAUUCCAUGGUUGACGAUCAGAAGUUGAAGGAACCAGCAGAAAGUCAUGGCAUUGAUGAUGAACCCUUUCCUACAGAUCCAUCUUCUGGAGAGGGAGCUCUUGUUCUUUCCUCUGAUUGUACCAACAGUGGUAAAGAGUCUCCUGUUCUCAAUGGAAGAGAAAACUUCUCUGUAUCUUGUGAUGGUAACAACCUUAGCACAACCAAUGAGCAAGAAAACACUGAAGAGGACAGUGAUGUCGCUAUGCCUUUAAAUCACUCCAUGGAUGACGACAGUGAAGAUGUUCCCUCCAACAGCGUGAGUCCCGCUUUGCCUCCGUUCCCCGGAGACCUAAGGAAAGAAAUGACUCAUCGUGGAGGCUUGGUAAGCUCAAAGAUCAUGAAGCGCUCGUCAUCCGUAAUCUCAGACUCGGGUAUCGAGAGCGAGCCUAGCUCGGUGGCGUGGCCCGUGGAAGUCGCGCUUCGGGGACGACCGUCUCUAGAUUUCUCUAGUGAGCGGGAGAUCCCGAAACAAAUCGUAUUGGACCACCCAGUCCAUCGCAGCUGUCUGGAAGGCCUACGAAUGGAGAGCAACGGCAGCCUUCCAAGUGGAGGCAUACAGGCCUCUCUCACCUCGAUCAGCUCCCUGCCCUACGAGGAGGACCAGCAACAAAGGAAACUCAGCAAACUGACUAAGUCUGUCUCUGCGCCGCAAAUAAGCAGCCCGGAAGAUGCGGAGGAAGAUCACAUUUUAAUCGGUUUGGAAAAAGACAGGACAAGCUCAGUGUGUCAGCAGGAUUUGUGCAUUUUGAACAUGGAUUCAGAACAAUCUGAGUUGUCUCAGCUAAGCCUAAAUACUGACCACAUUGGUAGGAGCGUGGGCUCAGAAAAUUCAAACUCUCAGCAGGAUCUGUCAGAGACCUGUGGAAGAAAGUUGGACUUAAGUGGCGCGUCUGAUGUGUUACUUUCUCAAAACUCCAUAGAGAGGCUUUUCGUACCAGCAAGUGGCAACCGGGGGGAUGAAAAGAACCGUCAAACACACAUGAAUGGAGAGAGCGCUUCAGUGGAAGAUGUGCAUCUCCUCGAAUCGGAAGUAGCGCCCUGUAGAUGUGGAAGCAAACCAUGUGUGUGCAAAAGUGCAGCAGAGCAGGGCAGCAGUAGCUGCGGAGAUGAUUGCCAGAGUUUCCACCAGAGUGAGCAGAGAGGCAUCGAGGACAGAUAUCUGGAUCCCCCACAGAUGCCCCUGAAACGCUUACAGUCCAACGAUCUCACCAACAGGACCGCCGUCAGGCCCAGUGACCUCACAGGGCUGAGGGCCAUGGAAAUAACGUCGCCCCCUAACCUGAGCGGCGCAUCAACGAGUGACAAAGACCCUUUGGAAAGCCAGACCAAGGCCUCAAAAAUUCCUAACUCUGGGCUGGCCUUUGUGAAUAAAAAGAUGGUGGAGGUGGUGAACAUGUCUGUGUCCUGCGCCCCGACUUGUCUGCCGUUUUCAUCCGUCCUUAGAGACUCCCCCUCCGUCAGCGGUAUAUCUGCUCGCCAGGCUUCCUCGCCUAUUACCCAUCAGCCUCUGGGCUCCUUUGGGAUCAUCUCCUCAUCUUCGCUCAGCCCCUUGGCCAUGGAUGAGGAGACCAAUGAGCGGAUGCUGAAUUUCUUCAAAGCCAAAGAGGAGCUUCUGAAAGAGUUGAAGUUCCAGGCUAGCUUGUACAGUGACCUUCCUCUCCUGGCGUCAGAUCUGCCCUACUUCCCUCCUGAGGAGGACGACGAGGAGUUUGAAGACGGGAUACAUCUCGUGGUGUGUGUCCACGGUCUUGACGGCAACAGUGCGGACCUCCGACUGGUCAAGACGUUCAUUGAACUGGGCCUGCCGGGAUCCAGGCUCGACUUCCUGAUGUCUGAACGGAAUCAGGCCGACACGUUUGCAGAUUUCGACACCAUGACGGACCGACUCCUGGACGAGAUCAUUCAGCACAUCCAGCUGUACAAUCUCACUAUUGGCAGGAUAAGCUUCAUCGGCCACUCCCUGGGGAACGUCAUCAUCCGGUCGGUGCUGACCAGGCCUCGCUUCCGCUGCUACCUGCCCAGGCUGCACACCUUCCUCUCUCUGUCCGGCCCACACCUGGGAACGCUGUACAACAACAGCGCCUUGGUCAGCACAGGUCUGUGGUUAAUGCAGAAGCUGAAGAAGUCGGGAUCCUUGCUGCAGCUCACCUUCAGAGAUCAUGUCGAUCCACGGAAAACCUUCCUCUACCUCCUGAGUCAGAAACCAGGGCUGCAGUACUUCAAGAAUGUGGUGUUGGUGGCGUCUCCGCAGGACCGAUACGUCCCGUUCCACUCAGCCAGGAUAGAGAUGUGCACGACUGCCCUGAAAGACAGGACCACAGGGCCCGUUUACACCGAGAUGAUCAACAACCUCCUGCAGCCGGUGGUGGAGGCCAAGGAGUGCCACCUGAUCCGGCAGAACGUGUUCCACGCCCUGCCAAACACGGCCAACACCCUGAUCGGCCGCGCUGCCCACAUCGCCGUCCUGGACUCUGAGCUCUUCCUGGAGAAAUUUUUCCUGGUGGCUGGGCUCAACUACUUCAAAUAGAGGCAGUGGUACCACAGCUUACCAGAACCGAGAGUGGAGAGUCUACGUUUUCUCAUUACUCUGUACAGUCCAUGUCACGAAUGUAAAAAAAAAAAAGGUCAGACCUGUAAAUCCUACCUUUUAGCCUCGUUAGCCAUCAUCCUAAAAGAAUUAGCGUGUCGUGACUGUUCCGUUUGAAAACUCAGAUGAGUAUGACUUGUAGCUACCCAACACGAAACAUCUGAGGGCGAUGAAAAGAGAAACGGAGGAUGUUUUGUCUGCCUUAUGAGUACGCUGUCAGCCAGAAACACAAGCAGAGGCUAACGGCGUUCCCUCCUCUCCCUCAUUUAGAACAUUCUGCGUUUGCUGGUUGAUGAAUUCUUUCGGUAAGAGUCACACCGAUGUUGUUCUUCACACCGUCUGUAGAACCAAUGCAAUAGAUGUGCGGCGUUUAACCCUAUGAUUGUACAUGGAGUAUAUUGUUGUACAGGGAACAGCUCUUCCUUUAUACAAAAGAGAUAUAUUGUUUAAAAUUAUUUAUUUUUACGUAUCUACGGUGUAAGUACUUUUAAAUGUGAACGUCUGUGUCUUUGUGUGAACUUCAUUGAUGUUGUCCCAUGUGGGGAGAGGUGGAACAGGCUGUAGCUGAAAAUUGACUUCAUUCAUAGCCAUUUAGCUCUGUUGUCUAAAUGUUGAGCAAAAAGUGAGUUCUUUUAUAUUUCUAAAAACUUUUGCAUUUUCCAAUCAGCAAAUUGAUCAAAACCCACAUCAGCCAACAAAGCUACUGAAAACACUAAGCACUAACAACAAAGUGCUAGUAACCUUUGUCACGUUUAUAAAUAUCUGCCCAUUUAAAAAUGUUUAAAACAAAACUAUAAGAGAGUAAAAUAAUACUAAAUUUAAUAACAAAGUUUCCUGGUUUGGCUAGAUGACGACGUCCUUGCUUAAUAUCAUCAUCUAGCGAUGGUGUGCAGGUGUUACACUCAACAUUUUAGAAAUUAAGGCCCAAAAAAGUUUCAGGUAACACAAACAAUGUGAUGCAUUAUAUUGCCAAAAGUCCUGGCUUAUUUGCCUUAAAACAAAUCAACUUUAGGAAGAUGUUGUUUUUUUAAUUCAUAUGGUUUAACAUGUCAGUCCAUCUCGACAUUUUCUGAGGCGUUUGUGGGAUGGCUUUCCACAAGAUGUAGGAGGGUGUUGAUAGGAAUCUUUAACCAUUUUUCUAGAGGAUAUAUGUAAGGUCACAUACUGGGGUUGGAUAAAAAGAUUUUUAGUCUACAACCUGAGGGUUCAUUCACACCAGCCCUGUUUAGUUAGUUUGAGUCAAACUCCAGUUUGAUCUAGAAAACACAUCUCCACUUCAUCAUCCAGAAGUGAUGAAAGAGAACAAGAAGCUGGUGAAAAGAACCUGAACAUGAUCUGUUUUUGGAUGAGUUUUGUUGUUUGUUUUUUUUUACUGAAUUUUUUGCACUUCCUCAAAGUAAAUAAAGCAUCCAGUAAAUGCAGGGACUUAAUUUUUCUCCACUCUGAAGCAGAAUAUUUCUGAAUCUAUCCAGAGAUGAAAGAAAGUCUGUUAUGAUAUGUGAUUUUAACUCACAUGUCCUGGUUAGAGAUGGACAGUUCUUCACAUUACUGGAUGCCUCUUAAUCAACAUCCAGAUUAAGUGACUGACUGAGCAGUUUGUCUUUCUAUAGCUCUGGUCCGAUGACAAUAACUUCAGGCAGAUGAAUCUAAAAGCAGAAGGUGAAAAUAAUUCAGGCUUUUACAUGGUGGGUAUAUGCCUGUAGUCUAGCUGGUUGGAUUAAUCAGGAUUUAUAGAUAAAUAUAGCUGAGUAUCAUCAGCAUAACAGUGGAACCUUAUCCCAUGUUGUGAUACUUUUACCAUGUGGAUUAUUUAUAUAUGCAAGUGAUCCAAACUCUAAGCUCUGUGGUUCUCCACCAGUAAUCCUGGUGUGUGUGGACGGUUUGUCAUCGACAUGAACAAACUGAAGUCCAUAACACAGAUUGACUGCAUCUGUCGGAUUACUUCAAGAAUUCUAGAUGAGAAAAAAAUAUUAGCUACAGGUAUGUAAUACAUGAAGGAGUAUUAAAUCUGAACAGGCUACAUUCUAAAGGUAUUUUAGUGCUGUAUUAAAUUCUGUGUUACUGUACAACUCUAACAACAGGUGUUGACCUCAUAAGUGUGACUUUUAGGCCGUUUUGAAAGCGUAACAUUUUACAAUAAAUGUUCCCUCUGUGUUUAUAUUAAACAAUAUGCGUGUAAACGUGCUUUCAGAUUCUAACCUGCAGCUUUGGGUUUAGCUUGUACCACUUGCUUUUUGUACAGAUACCUCCACAAACAGAACAACAACAGAACAUUCCCUUUACUCAUAGGGCAAAAAGUCUAGAGACACAUUUCCACAAAGAAGGCUGGGUACAACCCAAGUGUCAGGACAUACCAUUAGAGUCUGCCAACACUAGGUGUUCCUUGUUUGCCCGGAAAGUGUUUUCAUGUAAAAUUCUAAAUUAUUACAUAUUUCCGACCAGCCAAUAUGUUAUCUUUAGCUAGAUUCAAUGACAACAUAUUAGGGUCAGUGUAGGUAAAAAUGAGUAAGUUUCCGCCAAAAAAACUCAGAAAUUUGGAAGUGAAUCUCAGACAUUUUCUAGAAAAAAAAAAUUGGAUGUUCAAAAGCCUAAAACUUCCUACGGUUGGAAAUGUUUGACUUUUUAAACUCAUAAAUGUCCUUUUUUUUCCUAAAAAAUAGCUUUUUUCAUUCGGAAAUUUACUUUUUUUCUCCCCAUCCACAUUGACCCUAAUAUGGCACCAUAAGAUUCACUAUGAUCAACAUGCUUGUGGCUUCACUUAAAAAACAAAAAUCAGAAAAACUUUUGAAAGUCUUUUAGUUUGGUUCUGAAAUACUUAUCAAAAAUAUGCUGCUUGGUGCAUUUACUCUUCUAGUAUUUAUCUAAAUGAUUUUGUCCAUCUGAUAGCUACUGAGGCUCGGUCAGACAGUUGAGCUGAUUAUUUAGUCCAAUUAUUUGUAGAGGCAUGACUACCCCAAGCUAUUAGAUCAACCUAUUGUGAAGGAUCUCUAUUAGUUAUGAGACAAACAGGCAGUAAACAGGCUCACAAAUAUAAUCAAGCUUAUAUAACGAGAGAAAGAAACGACUAAUUACUACAACAUUAUUGUCUAAUAGCCAUCAUUUUUAAUGUCUCGAUUAAAAUCCUCCUUUGACGUCCACAGAUUUCUAAUAAGGGUAGAUUAGCGUUUCAUUGCUUUCAUUUUUCAGGAAAUUUAAAUGAUUUUGAAUGAAUUGCCAUGAUUUACCUAUGUUGUUUUCUAAAUCAUCAUGAUGCAUAUCAAAAUGUCAUCAGCAUAAUGAGAUAUUUUUUUUUAAUUUCUUUGAAACAUGCGCACUGCAUGAUGUGGUUUUCAAGCAGUUUUGUGAAAAACCCCGUUGAUCAACAUGUCCAUCGUAUUGUGUUUACAUUUUCUGAAACUGGAAAUGUUUCCUUAGGCAUUUCAUACCCAGCAGCGCUGCGUGACAUGGAUCUGCUGUGUAAUAUAUUUAUGUACAUACAGAGAGCUAUAUUUUAACCUUUGCACUGGUUUGCUGGCAAGUGCACUUUAUUGACAACCUUGAAUCAACCUCUACUAGCUUUAAAAAAAUACUAACAGCUUUUCGUGUGUGUGGUUACUGUUAGAAGAUUGCACUUGCUUCUUUUGGUCUGAAGGUCGUGUCGUGUGCUUAUUGUGAGAGGUAAAGUCUGGUCUCAUCUGUCUUGCAGAACAACUGAUAACAUGACAAAGUGCUUUUUUUUGUUGGGGAAGCUGUUACAUUGUAAGCAGUGAUAGUCACUAGCUGUGUUUCUGUUACAAAUGUGCACAGAUCUUUGUCUAUUUUUUGCUAAUGUCGAAAAAAACAAUUUCGCAAUUAAUGUUUCCAUUAAAUAAUAAAUCAGAUCAAAAUCACACGUGUUCACACAACAAGUUUUCAAAAAUCAUGGCAGCGACAGAUGUAAACGUUUACAUGAGAUGUUUUCAUAAUUCAGCGCUUGUCAUCAAUCAGCCAAUCAGAGGAGAUGUUGGCGUCUUAUUCAGGUGUUGGACCAACAAGCCCCGCCUGCUUGGGAGCGGCUAUGUUUGAGGCGUUUUGGGGAAAUUGUAGUCGUAUGUUUCAAAAUGACACGGAUAUCUGAAAACAAAAAAGCAUCAUCCUCAUUCUCUGUUCUGUCAUUAUCUUUGUAACAUCUGAUUGUUGAUCAUGUGAUUCGUGGGAUCUGAAAAAUUUUGAUACAACCGAAACAAACCCCCUCAUCUUAGUGCAAAAACGUUUUGAAGAACACAGGUUUUUCUGAAUUGGCAUGAUUCCAUUGAGCACAUUUGUUUCCGUAAUUUCAAUUUACACAAUUUUACGGUUAAUGGAAAUGCAGCUGGUGACUCCAGUCACCCGGCCGUAGUUUUGAGGCAUCUUCAAAACACCACAAAGCAAAGCUGCCAUGCCUCGUUUUGCUACUCACACACCCCGAUACGCACGCUUUCUCUGGAUGAGGCUCGAGCCUGUGUUUGGCCACUAAGAAUAAAUCCAGAGGAAAAAAAAGGGUUGAGUGUGCCCUUCAAAGUUAGCUACAAAACAGUUUCCUCCUCUGUUGGAAGGGUAAAUUGUUGCAAGUUACAAAAUCACAUUUAGAUAGUUUUGAAGUCUGAUCACACAGUGGAAAACAGCGUUUGCUACGUACAACCCAGUAGCUGUGAAAUUGAUGUGAACUGAUGUUGCUAAGGGUGUGUUUUGAGGUGUUCCCCAAACCCAACUCAUCCUUUUUAGUUUCUCUCAACCUUCAGAACUAUGUGACUUGAACCUCUCUGUAUUUAAUCGCCCUUUACUGGAGUGCGUGAAUUAUUUAUGUGACAGAAGUGUUCUCUACACCGUUGCUCGGCUACCUUUCCUGUGUUUGAACUGAUUGUAAAAAAAGUUUGAAGUCACUGUGAGGAACUUCCAUUGAUUUCUUCUUACUUACAUACAUGUAUAGUACCUUAACUAGUACUACAUCUGUGCCAAUAUUACUGAAAUAUUUUUAUAUGUUGCUGACCAUACUGUAUGUACUCUGAAGUAGCUUGUGUUCUAUGUAACAAAUUAAAAAUACUAUAUAUAUGUAUAUAUAUCAUAGUACUAUCCAAUGAAGUUAGAAAUAAAAAGUAUUCCUUUUGCAUUCCGUUUA